AUGCGCCCACAUCAGACACUACGUAACAUCUUAGUGCACCCCAAGGACAAACAGGAAACAACAGAGAAAGCAGAAGUAAUUUACAAAAUACCUUGUAAAAAUUGUGAUAAAGUCUACGUGGGAGAAUCGGGGCGAAAAUUUGGAAUAAGACUGAAUAAACACAAAAAAGAUUGUGAAACAAACUCAAAUAAGGCAUUUACUAGAUCAACUAGAAAACAAUCAGAAUCGACAAUAGAAAAAAGUGCAAUCACAGAUCACCAGAACAUAAAUAAUCAUGAAAUAGACUGGGAGGGGGCACGCGUAAUAGAGAGAGAAUCAUACUGGAGAGUGCGAAAAACGAAGGAGGCUAUCUGCAUCAAAACUGAGGGGGCAGUUAUGAACCGGGACGAGGGGGCCUUCCUUUCUGGGAUUUACAACCCACUUUUCGCCGGAUUACGGAAAUUCGGCGGGAAGUCCCGAGUGUCAGAGCUGCGAGUGAGCGAUAGUCAGGCCAGUUGCUCUGAUGAUGUCCACAGUGUUGGACGAAAAUUUCAGCUUUAA